GCUCUUGAUUAAAUUUCACAUCUAGUCUAGAAGAAAAAGCGUAUAAUUUUAAUAUGAAAUUGUUGUUUAUUUUAUUCGGAGUAAUUUAUUUGGCACAUUCAUUGCCGGAUACUACAAAAACAGCUCAACAUUUCUGUGAUAUGAGUUAUCUUUGUCCUCGAGGAAAAAAAUCAAUUGCCUGCUCAUACACUUCAAAUCUUAGUAUGGGCUGUAAUGGUAAAAUGAUACCAUUAGAUAAAGAUUGGAUUUUGUCAUUACAUAAUGAUUAUCGUCAGAAGAUUGCUGCCGGUGAAUAUGCACCAGGUUAUAAAUCAGCAGUCGAUAUGCAAGAAAUGCAAUGGAGUGAUGAAUUAGAAAUGAUUGCUAGUUAUAAUGCUAGAGGUUGUUAUUUUGGUCAUGAUGCUUGUAGAUCUACAGAUAAUUUUAAAUUGGCUGGCCAAAAUAUUGCUACAGCUUCUAUAACAGGAGCACCAAUUACAGAUCCUAAAAAACAUAUAAAAGAUUUGAUUGACGGCUGGUUCAGUGAAUAUAAAGACACUGAUAUGAGAACAAUUAAUGCAUUUUAUUUAUAUUCUACAAGUGCAGACAUUGGUCACUUUACUCAAAUGGUUAAAUCUACUGCAAAUCGUGUUGGUUGUUCAGCAAGUAAUUAUAUGGAAAAUGAAUGGGACAAUUUGUAUAUUGUUUGCAAUUAUGCUGUAACAAAUGUUAAUUAUGAACCAACUUAUAUUGCUGGUCCACCUGGUGCUGGAUAUAGUACAGAUUUAGCCAAAGAUUUUUGUGGUAUGAGCGGCCUCUGUAAACCAGGAACACAAUCAGUGGCUUGCUCUUUUACAUCAAAUCUUAGUAUGGGAUGUGAUGGUGAAAUGGUACCCAUAGACAAAAAUUUAAUUUUAUCAGUUCAUAAUGAAUACCGUCAAAAAAUUGCUAAUGGUGAAUUUGCUCCACAAUAUGAAGGUGCAACAAAUAUGGCUGAAAUGAAAUACAGUGAAGAAUUAGAAAUAAUGGCUAGUUAUAAUGCGAGAAGUUGCGUUUUUGCUCAUGAUGAUUGCCGUAAAACCAAUAAUUUUCCAUAUGCUGGCCAAAAUAUUGCCAAUGUUAAAAAAUUUAAUUCCGAUAUUGAUUUAAAAGCGGAUAUAACGAAAAUGAUGAAUAGUUGGUUUGAUGAAUAUACCGAUUGUGAUAUGAGUGUUAUCGUCAGUUAUCAUAAGAUAGGGUAUAUUGGUCACUUCACUCAAAUGGUUAAAGAUAAUGCAACUGAAGUAGGUUGCGCGGCAAGUAAUUACAUGGAGGACGAUUGGGAAGUAUUGUAUCUUGUUUGUAAUUAUGCUUAUACAAAUAUGUUAGAUCAGCCGAUCUAUGUUGCUGGAUCACCAGGUGCUGAUUGCCAAAAGAAAAGUGGAAAAUAUCCAGCUUUAUGCGCAUCAUAA